AUGCAAAAGAUACCAACAGACAUAAAAAAUCCUCGCCAUUCUAGAAAACAGACAUUAGAUGCAAACUCAAUCCCAAAAGAAAACAAAAUUGUGUCUACUAAUCAACAGAAGUUAAAAAACCCUGCAAACCCUAAAUAUUUAAGAGAAAGACAUCCAAGCGUUAAUUUUUCAACCAAGAAUCAGCCGAAUUCCCCAAUCGAUUUUGAAUGCAACGAAAUUUUAGAAGUAAUUUCUUAUCCUUACAAAUCCAACUCCAGCGGUGAACACAUUUUUGACUGUGACCAACUCUUGACCCCGAAAGGUUCUUCUUCAUUUAUUCAAGAAGUCCAUGGUGUUCAACCUCCCCCUCCAGAAUACGAGCCUUUGCAAAUUGAAGAAAUUUCUGAGCCAUCACUCUGGAAGCCAGAAAACAAAGAGUACGUUAAUUCUAUGCUAGAAAAAGAAUAUGAGUAUAUGCCAAAUCCAUUCGCUUUGCAGUCUGUUCAAACCAACAUAACAGCCACAAUGCGCGUUAUUUUGUAUGACUGAAUGAUGGAGGUAAGCUCGGAAUUUACAUUAAAAAGAGAAACAUUUCACUUGGCAAUCACAUAUGUAGAUCGAUUUCUUUCAGCUCAUAAAGGAAUCAAAAAAGAAGAGUUUCAAUUAAUUGGCUUAACUGCUAUGUAUAUUGCUGCCAAGAUUGAAGAAGUUUAUCCUCCAAAAAUCUCUGAUUGGGCGAAAUCAGCAGAUAAUGGGUAUUCCUUGGCUUCGAUCAAGAUGAUGGAAAAAAUCAUGCUGAGCAGGCUCGAAUGGAAAGUUUUUCCAUCCACAAUUUAUAAUUGGAUAAAUUGACUGAUGAGCCAAUGGGAUAGAUUUGUUGAGUAUCAUUUUGGCUGCGUAAAUUACAACAAAUUAAAAGACUUCGAUCAUUUGGCACAAGAAGAAAAGAAAAGAGAGCAAAAAAAGUUUGAGAAAAGGAUGAUUGUCUUUAAGAAUUCUAAUCAACAGGCUUAUAAAAGGUUUAGAGAAUCCUUGCAGAUUUUAGAUAUAGGGGUCUUAUGUCCAGGAAUCACUAAAAUUACUCCUAGGACUGGAGCUGCUGGGCUGCUAUAUUUAAUGAUCAGCAAGUAUUUUUAUGAGACAAAUUAUACGUUGCUAUAUUAUACAGGCCCAGAUUACCAAGAGUCUGCACCAUGCAUGGCACUAAAUGAAUGCAAUAAUAUAUCAAUGUGCUUUGGAGAUGAAGGAAUUGGCCCUAUUGGCUUAGAAGACCAUAGAGAAGCGCAGAAUUUUGAAAAUGCAAGUGUGGUCCAAGAAUUGUACUCUGGGUUUAUUUCUUCAGCUUGUGAUAUAAAGAAUAUUGAAGAUAUUUAUGAAGCUGUUGCAUUUUUCCAUCCUUACCUAGAAUUCGAGGUAGUUUAUGAGCUGCCAUUGGUUUGCAAAGUACAAAGUAAAGCGAAGCUGGAAAGUCACUAUGAGGAAUUUUUGGCUUAUCAAACUCACAACGUUAAUAACGUUGAGUUUGUAACUCAAAAACUAAGAGAGCAGAAAUAA